AUGCUGGUUACCUAUUUGGAAGCCAGCCGGGACCUUUGCGAGACGGACUCAAUUCUUUUUGGCGUCGCACUUGCAGUCUACCGUAUUAUAGGCGCCAAACUUUCCACGGCUGGACGCGCUACUGGACAAAGUAGUGCUAUCCCAGCCUGGAGAAUAAGAAUUGAAGAACGUAUCGCAAAGGCUAGGGCCCUCAUCGGCAGACUGAUAUGCUUCAGAUCAGGCAAUACCAGGCCAAGGAUUGUGCGCACCGUCAGGAUGGCGUUUGCUGGGACAAAUGUUAGUUUGUCCCAGCCGGAUAUAAUGCAAAAACUGACGGAGCGCAUAGACGACCUGAAGCAAAGAAUCGCUGCUUGGGGAAAGCGGAUUCGGCGAUAUACCGAGAGGUCGACACGGUUCAACCAGAAUUGUCUCUUCCAGAGUGAUCAGAAGAGGCUCUAUAAAUCAUUGACCAUCGACCCCAAUGGUAAGUGGAACGGGCCCAGCACCAAAUCAGGCCGACACGGACGCAUUCUGGCGCAACCUUUGAUCAGAGCCCGUAAACCACAACGAGGGCCCUUGGACGGAAGUUAUAGCGAGUCAUUGUGCGGGUAUUACACCCAUGGACCCCGUCAUCAUAACACCGGAUGA